AAAGUUCACUACCGCCAUUUGGGGUUGGGGAUCCGAAAGUAGUGAACACGAAGGGGAAUACUGCGGGAUCCUACAUGGCCAAACCUCGAAAGCCAAGGCGAUGCCAAUGUUGCAGGGUCGUCGGCCACACGAGGAGAACUUGCCCCCAAAACGAUCAUAAAACGGGACAAGUGGGUAGCAAUUUGUUUGAGGAAUACGAUGAUUAUGAUCCAAUUGGUACUCCCACCCUUUUUACACCGAAGCGUCCCAGGAAUAAUAUGAGGCCAUGUAAGAUCCACCCUGUGAAGAGACGACUUUUUGUCACUAAUGUGGAUACGUCUCCAGUGCAGUUGAGCAAGGAUGUUAAUGACUUGCGUAGUUGCGAUGCACAAGUUGUCCAAAAUUCAACGUUCACUGAUGCAGAUACAUCUCUAGGUGAUUACUUUUAUGGCAUCUUUUCAGUUCAAAUUAUGUUCAUUUUGUUUACAUUUGCUUUGCAAAUUUUAUGUGUGGCUGCUUAAUUCUAAUUUCUUGAUAUGCCAAGAUAGAUUUUAGCUAGAACAUUUAGAUGUCAUAACUGAUUAUGAUGUUUACAACUUGAUUAUGGAAAUAAAUAAUUUACGAACAGAAAAUGACAAAAGAGUGUGUAAUGACCAAUAUAUCAAAAUUCAAUUUGUUAUGAUUUGAAUCAUAGAUUUCAAGUGAACAAACCUUAACGACAAUAUAAUU